AAAUGUCAGCACAUUCUCAAUGGAAUAAAGAUAAUUGAUACAAUAACGUAUUUUGAAGCUGAUCUUACAAUAUAUCACUCCAUAAUCUUUCAAAUUUUAAUUCCUGUGAAUCUUUAAUUACUGUAUUUAAUUUUAAGUGAGUGAAUUUCAUCAAGAACUCUUUCUCAUAAUCACUAAAGAAAAAAUGGCAGACAAUUCUCAUAAUAAGGCUGACUAUCAAUCCAUUGAUGUUGCAUCUUCACCAGACAGAGUUUCAUUCGCUAAACCUUGUACAUCAGUUGACCCUACCACGCAACCUGAAGAAUUGCAACAGCAAGGGACAACAGUAACCGAUAUGUUCAUAGAAAAUGCAUCUAGUGAUAAAAGUGAGACAAAUCAGGAUGAUACCGACAUGAAAAGUUUUCUAACUCCUGAUCAAACUGUUGUUGAUUUAAAUCACUGUCGGAUCCAGAGAAUUGAAGGAUGUGAAAUUCUCGAAAAUGUUGAAUCUCUUGGUCUUCGUAAUAAUCUUAUCAAAAAACUUGAAAACCUUGAAAGAUUAACAUCUCUUCGAGAAUUGGAGUUAUAUGACAAUCAGAUAACGAAAAUAGAAAACCUUGAUUCGCUGGUCAAUUUGGAGAUUUUGGAUCUAUCAUUUAAUCGAAUCACGCAAAUUGAGAAUCUCAAUAAUUUGGUAAAUCUAAAGAAACUUUAUUUGAUAAACAAUCGUAUUUCAAAAAUAGAGAAUCUAGAUAAUCUCGUCAAUCUGGAAACGCUUGAACUGGGCUCUAACAAAAUACGAGUGAUUGAAAAUUUGGAUUGCCUUAAAAAUCUGCAUUCCUUGUUUUUGGGUAAAAACAAAAUCACCAGAUUACAGAACCUGGACAAAUUAGAGAAUUUGAAACUGUUUAGUAUCCAGUCAAAUCGAUUAACUAAGAUUGAAGGCCUGGACGAGCUCAAAAAUUUGGAGGAAAUUUAUGUAUCACACAAUGGUAUUGAAAAGAUUGAAAAUUUAACCAACAAUAUUAAUCUUCAAAACCUGGACAUAUCCAACAACCGUAUUGAAAGAUUGGAAAAUAUCGGCCACUUGAUCAAUCUUCUGGAACUUUGGGCCAACGACAAUAAAAUAAGUUCAUGGAAGGAUUUGGAAAUUCUGAAAAAUUUCCCCAAACUGGAAACAGUUUACUUCGAACGAAACCCGAUUGCAAAUGAUCCAAUGUAUCGUAAGAAGAUCGUACUGCUUGCACCACAUCUCAAACAAAUUGAUGCUCUUUUGUGCAAAAACUGAAAGAAUUAUCGUCGUGAUAUAAAUCAUUCUAAGUCCAUUUUAAGACAGCAUCUUCCUUCAUCACACUAGAGUAAUGAUGCUCAUUACUUAACCAAAGUCUCAACUAUUGAAAAGCAUCUUCCAUCCGUUGAAUCUUGAUUUCCUAAUGUUAAAUUGCUUUUCAUAAUCUUGAAAUGUAAAAGAUAGCGAGUUUGAUUCUAAAGGGCUUGCGAUUAAAACACUAAUUUUUGAUCACUUGUAUUUAUAUUUUCCUCUUGAAGAAAAAAUUUAUCCUCAAAUAUAUUGUUAUAAUCCUGACCAAUUGUGUUUAUCAAUUUAAUUCAAGUCUAACGAUGAAUACGAACAUGUUAAUCUGUUAUUUUACACAAAAGCUUACUCUUGAUCGGAAUAGAGAUCUUUUGUUGUGAAUCAUAGAAACUGUGUGAACAAUACAACAUGAUUUAUCAAUCGAAUAAAAACAUAAUAAAAUAAUAUCAUGUUUUAAA